AUGCAUCUAGGCCAUAUUGCUGAGGAAUUGCAGCAUCGACAACAACACCUAUGGGCUAGAACACUUGAGGGCAGACGGGUAAUAAAUGCAAACAACGAUAUCCUGGACCUCGAUCCACAUCGGAGGGACUACCUUAUAUUUCAUGAGCAUUUUGAUGGUGAUACAGGCCGUGGAAUAGGAGCUAGCCACCAUUGCUUGUCAUCCAGCCUGAUUGCUAGAAUGAUACACGACACGGGGGUAACUUGCCGGCUCCUUCAUACUCCACGAACCCCAAGCGUGGGGCUCUCACUGUACUUUGAUGAUAUAUCUACAAGGUUUACUGGAGGCUGUAUGCAGGCGUCUUCCUCACGAAGUAUAUCCAUUGCCCGCGUCCUCGGCGACGUAGAGAAAGAAGAGGCUGUGAGUGAGAAGAAAGACGAUGAAGGCAAGACUGAAGCAGAUGCCCAUUUGGAAAAGUUCAUUUGUGAGCAACUCGAGAAGGUCAAAAUUGGUGAAACUUCAGUAGACUUCGAGGAUGAGAUCGAGGCUUAA